CUCAGCAAAAGGAGCGAGAGAGAAAGGGGACGCGUUCGGAGGAGGAAGAAGGGCCAAACUGCGGGCGUCACGGGAUUCAAAUUUGAAUUCUAGGGUUCCAUUGUUUGGUCAGCUGCGCGUUUGGUGCCUGCCCUAGCUGCAGCUGUUGGGCCCUUCUUGUGUGGCCCAUGGGGGCUUCGCGUGUUUGAGAAGGUGCAUACCCAGGUCAUUUAAUAUGCAUUGAAACUCUGGUAAGUGAACGCAGACUUGGUUACAGUGUGCCGAAUUACGGCGGUGAUCAGAACACAUAUUGCAGCUAGUUUUUCCCAGGACAUGGGGUAUAGGUUGCUCUAGCUUACGAGGUUAAGCACACGGAAUUUGGAUCCUGUGAGUUUGUCCACACAUUCAGCACCUCAAAUGGAGGGCCCCCCUCACUUCCACCACAUGCCCUCCCCGUAUGGCAUGGUUGCUGAGCACGGUCAUGGGAUGCAAGCCCCCCAUGGACUGCAGCAGUAUCACCAGGUACCGCAUCACCCUGAGCAAGGGGGGGCGCACCCUGAGGGGCACUUGCAGGCUCAGGCGCAUGCUUAUAAUCCUGGACAGCAAGGCCAUCAUCAGGAAGGCCAGGUGCCGGGCUCAGGACUGGACCCAGGGCAGGAAUAUCAGGAUGGGAGCCUGUACUCGGCCGUUGUGGAGGCUGGGAUGGAAAAGGCACCUGCCGAAGAUGUUGAUGACGAGCUUUUGGCCCGCGUUGAGGUCAGCGAGCUGACCGACGCCCAGAUCCGGACACGUUUGAAGCUGCUAACCGCUGAGGCGCAGAAGCGGGGAGUCCAGGUGGAUGACUGGCUCCCUGGGGUGCACCCCCCCCCGCUAAGCGAUGCGGAGCAACUCAAGGUGGAGAAGGCGCGCAAUGCCAAGGCGGAACGGCGUUUGGGGCGCAUCUUCGAGGGGCUGGUCAAGGAAGUGGGGGGAUAUGGCUGGAUCUAUGGGUUCAUCACCGCUUCAGGCCAGCCCAAGUCGGGCGCGAGCGAGAGCAUGCGCAAGUGGUGGCUCGAGCAAGUCCGCUUCAACGAGGUCGCGUGCCCCGACCGCAAAGCUCCGCUCAAUGCGGCCCGCCUCCCCAAGACCGCAAACCUCUCCGACUGUGACGGGAAGUCACCGCAGCAGUUGAUGAUCAAGCUGACGCACCGGCAGCUGGCGUCGAUGGCGUCCGAGUGGCUGCGGUUGUGCGAGCCCUCGGCGGCGCAGUACCCGCUGAACGGGUCAGGGGGAUCCCCCCCUUGGUGGCCGGAGAACAUCCAGUACAAGAAGCCGGACCUGCUGAAGAACCAGGCGCUGACAGAGGUCCUGGAGCUGGGCCUCAAGAACUUCUUGCCCAACAUGUUUGCGACUGACGCCUCGGAGGUGCUGAUCAAGAUCCUGAUCCGGUCCAAGGUCCUGCGGAAGGCAGGGGCUGCCGAGAUCGCCAUUGUGGUCAAGGUCAUCAACACUGCCGUUGCGCUUUGGGCCAAGCCGGAUCCUCCGAGGAGAGCAGCCGCCCCUGGUCAAGCGGGGGGGCGGCGAGGCCGGCCGAAGAGAAGCGAGGGGGGGACCAACUACUCUGGGCUGUUGGCAGGCGUUGACGGCUCGGGCUUCAAGCGGAAGCGGCGCAAGCGCGAGGAGAUCGAGGAGCGGCCGUUCAAGUGCGAACUGUGCGACCACCCGGGGUACACGUCCCGGGGGGGCUUGUCCGACCACAAGUGCACGUCCGGCGUCCGGAUGGAUCACAUGCAGGACGGCGGCCUGGGGGGGGCUCAGAUUGUGGUCCCCGUGGCGUCACAAAUGGGGGGGCAGAUGGUGGGGCAAGGGAUGGAUCCGGGAAUGGAUCAUCCGGCGAUGGGGUAUCACCACGAGGACACAGCGAUAGGCCAGAUGCAUGGGCAUGGCAUGCCGUCAUGACACGACUUACUACAGCGCUUUGAUGCAAUGAACAAUUUCGAAGUGGUGCAAAAUGACGGCGCACAUGCUAGGUUGCAUGGUAGGACUACUGUUGUUGCAUUAUGAUAAGUAGGUCUAGGUUAGUGUACAAUAAAAAAAUGUUCUGGCGGAUGGUCGAUAUGAUUAAAGUAGACUCGGAAAUGCUUUGCAAAAUGAAAGUUGAUGUCGCUUCGAUGUACUGACGAGUAUCGUGUCAAAUGCAAUUGUAAGCAUCUCAGGCUGGAUGGCGCCA